AUGGCUGCUCCUCUUCUCCUGUUUCUGUUUACUUACACACUCUCACACCCUCUAACCCCCUUGGCAUUUCAGAAACCUUUUCCGAAUCAAGGGUUGCAUUGGAGCAUAACCGAGCCCAAGCAAAAGCAAGUUUGUUCUUGUGUGACAUUAAUUAGUAUUGCUGGUUCCAGGUUGAUCCAAACCAUGUCACCCAGUGCCUCGCUUGCCUGGUUCGCUGCACUAACCCUCCAGCCAGCCCAAGGAAAGACGAUCUGCUCAGAAUGUAUGUAUGGUGGUACGCCGGACUCUCCGCAUCGCCUUGCAUACAUGGGUGGAGAGACAGAAAAGAAAAGCGCCAGAGUGGGAUGGGAGACGUCGGAAAUCGAAUCGGGUGUUGCGUUAGCAAUGAGUUUGAGCAUCCAGACGGAGAACAUACAUUACACUGAACACAAGGUGCAGCAAGCUAGCUACCUAGUACCAAACUAA